CCUUUUCUUAUUCCUUUAUUGAUUCCUUUUUAAGGAAUCCUUCUAAGGAAUCCUUUCUGCUUCUUCCUGCCUAUUAAUUUUUGGAAGAAAGGAAAAUUCCUGAGGCAGUAGGGGCAAAAGGUGGGAAUUUCCUCAGGACUGUGGGGCAGAAGGAUGGAUGGGUUUGUUCCCCACCUGUCCCACACCAUGAUGCAGCUUUGCUUUGCCAUUGGCUUAUUAGGGAAUAAUUAUCCAUUAAAUUUUCAGUGGCUGCUCCUCUCUGCUGGGUGCCCAGAGCCCGGCCAUGGAGCCCUGUGUGCUGCUGGAGCCACGACAGAGAGCUCUGUAUCACCAUGUGAUGCAGGAGAGCUGCAAGACCCUGCUGGCCCUGGAAUUCUCUGCUGCCAAGCCUGACCUGCUGUCUUACCUGGACUGUGAGGAGGAAGUGACAGCCCUGGAUCUUCAUGUAUCCUGGGAUACCCCAGCUGCAGAGCAUAGAGCAGGAGCAGGGCAGGAAGAACCUGCUGAGGAAAAGCCCAACACGGGCAAGGAGCAGGCCCAGCUCCUAGUGAGCCAGGGCGAGACCCACGCUGCCAACACCGGCAGCGAGUGCGGGGAGAUCUUCAGCCACAAAUCAGCCCAGGUGAAGCACCGGAAAAUGCACAGCGGUGACCGCCCCGACUGCGGGAAGGGCUUCACCCAGCGCCCCGAGCUCAGCGUGCACCCGGGCGAGCGGCCCUGCGGCUGCCCCGACUGCGGGAAGGGCUUCACCCAGCGCCCCGAGCUCAGCGUGCACCCGGGCGAGCGGCCCUGCGGCUGCCCCGACUGCGGCCGCAGCUGUGCCGACACCGUGGCACUGGCCUGGCCCCAGCAGAGCCACCUGGGCAAGAAGCCCUUCGAGUGCAGCGAGUGCGGCAAGGCCUUCGCCUGGAGCUCCCACCUGCAGCGGCACAUGCGCACGCAUCUCACCACCCCUGUCACCACCGUCACCGCUGGGGAUGAGGAGGGUGCACAGGCAGCACAGGAGCCACCGCCGGCCCCGCGGAAAUGUGCCGACCGCGGGAAGAGCCUCAACCACCGGACAGACCCGCGGCACUUCGAGCACAAGGCCACGCAGACCCCGCUGGCCGGCACCGACCCUGCACCGCGGCCCCACAGCUGCGAGCAGUGUGGGAAGUGCUUCAGCAGCCGCUCGGGCCUGCUCAAACACCAACGUGUGCACGGCUCCGGGCGGCUGCUCCCCUGCCCGCGGUGCCCACGCCGCUUCCGCUGCAGCGCAGCCCUGGCCAAGCACCAGCGCAGCCACGUGCAGCCGCCCGGCGACACCGGCGAUGCAAGGCCGGCCGCAGAGGGAGCGGCCAAACCGUACCCGUGCGGGGAGUGCGGGAAGAGCUUCCGGUGGCUGUCGCACCUGGAGCGGCACCGCCGCGUGCACACCGGGGAGAAGCCGUUCCGCUGCGGGGAGUGCGGCCGCGGCUUCGCCGUAAGCUCCCACCUGGAGCGGCACCGGCGAGUGCACACGGGCGAGCGGCCCUUCCGCUGCGGCGACUGCGGCAAGAGCUUCGCCGCCAGCUCCACGCUGCUGGCGCACCGGCGCGCCCACGGCGCCCAGCCCGGCCGACCCCACGCCUGCCCCGAGUGCGGGAAGGGCUUCGGCUCCCCGGCCGGGCUGGAGCGGCACCGGCGGCUGCACCGCGGCGAGAAGCCGUUCCAGUGCGGGCUCUGUGGGAAGGGCUUCUCCUGGAGCUCCCACUACAAGCGGCACCAGCGCACGCACACGGGGGAGAAGCCUUUCCCCUGCGCCCACUGCGGGAAGCGCUUCGGCCGCAGCUCCCACCGCACCCGGCACCAGCGCGCCCACGCUCAGCACAGCAGCCCCGAGAGGAGCCCCGACUGCGGCAAGGCCUGCGGGCCUGGCGUGGCCCUGGCGGCCCAUCAGCGCCUGCACGGCGCCCGCAGCCCCCUGUCCCUGCUGCCGCCCGCCUGCUGGGAGGGGGAAGCACGAGGGGGGACGGGCACAUCCCCUGAGCUCUGGCCUGAGGAGGCCAGCUCUGCUGAGGGGGACAGCCUGCAGGGCAAUGCCACAGCCCCAACAGAGCCCUGGCUGUCCCUUCCUCCUCCCAGCGCCUGAGGAGGGGCUGGGGUGCUCAGUCCCCCUCCUCUUCUGGGGCCAAGUUGGGAUGGUGGUCUGUGCUCCUACCCCAGCAUGGGAGAGGGUUUAGGGGGCCCAGGAUACCCCAGAAUGAGGGUCAGUGUGGGGAUGUGGGGAGACACAGUGGGAAGGGGACACAGGGAAGGGCAGCCGUGCCUGCAAAGAGGGUUUUGGGAGGAGACAGGGAGAGAAGGGAUAGGAGAGGCUGAGGGUGGGUUAGGGGAGAGGUGGAUAUCAUUUGGGGUGGUGGGGAGACAGUUUUUCCCUACAAUCCCUCCUCAUCAUCUGCCCUACUAGUAGGGGGGUAAAAGAUGGGGACACAAUUGGGUGUGUGGCAGGGUGAAACCACGCCAUGGGAUUUUUGAGGCUCAACAGUUGGGAAAAGAGCCCUGGGGAUCUGUACCCAUCACAAGCACUGCUGGCACCUCCCCAGACUCUGCUGAGGGUCUAGGACAG